AGGUUUUCAGUGUUUUGCUAUUUUUUAAUUGUAAUUUUGGAUCUGUACAGAAUUGCGAUAACAGUAAUCAGUGGUAGGGUAGUAGUUAAAGGUUGAGGAAGAUUUGGGAAAAGGAAGGUACCAUAUUAGUAUGGAAAUGUGAUACUGAAACCAACAUUCCAGAAUUGACUGCACAGAUGAAGGGACAUACUGGUGCUGUGUGUUCACUUGUACUGGGAGCUAACAGCAGACUUUAUUCGGGUUCGAGUGACAAUACAAUACGGGUUUGGGACCUCCAAACGUUGCAGUGUACGCAGACAUUAAAUGGGCAUGCCCGAGAUGUAACGUCCGUUAUUUGUUGGGACAGCUACUUGUUAUCUGCUUCUCUGGACAACACAUUAAAGGUUUGGGCUGCAACUGACAGUGGGAACUUGGAAGUGAUCUAUGAGCACAAAGAAGAACAUAAAUUUUACAUCUUUCAGGGGGUGGUAGCUCUUUUCGGCAUGACAGAUGCUGAAGCUCACUCAAUUCUUUUCUGCUCAUAUAAUGACAAUACUGUUCGUAUAUAUGACUUGCCCUCGUUUAAUGAAAGGGGCAGAAUAUUUUCUGAACAGCAAGUCCAAGUGAUUCAAAUUGGCAUUGGUGGUCUCUUUUUCACUGGUGAUGCAGCAGGACAGCUCUCCGUCUGGAAAUUGCUUGGAGUUCCAUGUGCAAUGGCAUCUUGAGUCGAUUUGAUCUGAACUACUAGCUGAAACUAUUGAUUCGUAUUUUUUAUUGCUGGCAUCCUCAUACUGAUGCAAGAUGAGCCCUUUCUAGAAAUAUUCUCAUAUCUGAUGUAUUUUUGGUAGAAAAAGCUACUGUGUAUUGUAAUACACGUUAGGGCAGCGAAUAUCAGUUUCCAACGAGAAAGACUGUUGUUAUCUUGUUUUGAGAGGGGCACUAAUCCUUUAAAUCUGGUACCAAGGGAAUUCGUUGGCAAUAUGCCUACGCUGAUUCAAAUUCAGCUCGGCCCAAUAUAAUGAGGCUACUAUGAAAUAUUUACUCAUGGGUGGGGAUCUCACCCGAAUCGCCCCAUCUAUCCUCCUGAGGAGAAGUUUGGCUUCAAACCGCCGCAGCCCGCCAAUUAGUUAACCAUAGACAUUAAGAGAGGAAGACCCUUGUAUAUUGUCACUUGCUUCACAAUGUUAAAAAUCAUUUUUUUUUAAAUUUUUUUUUAAUUCUUUUUUUUUUUUUUUCACAUUUACGGGUUGGAGCAAUGUUUCUUCCAUGCUUUGUGUUGUGCUUCUCAAUUUUAUUUACAUGAUAGCUAAACAGCGUCUAAUUUUCUUAUUGACUCCAUUUUGUGUCUA